AUGGCAGACGACGACCCCAAGCUCUUCGACCAGUGUCGCAUCUGUAUUGUGUGCUCAAAUGCCCUCCCCCUGGAAACCGCUGAGCAGCUUGCGGCGGUGAUCGGAGAAUACGGCGGCGAACCGUCAAUACACGAGUCCAGCCCUGAAAAAGAGGACACUCUUGAAUGUACUCAUAUUGUUGCGAACAACACCGACUUCCACACUUACGAUCUCGCUCGCAAGACUCUUAUCCCCGUGGUGAAGCCCUCUUGGGUGCAUACCUCCCUCGCGAAACGGAAAGUGGCCAACCCACGUCAACACAGCCCUGAUCCGCGCCUCUUCCUCAGUGAUGUGGUUGUGACCUGUGGUGAUAUCCCAGAAGGUGACAAGGAUGCGAUUAUCGGCGGGGUGGUGGCCAAGGGUGGAUUGUACAGCCCUCGAAUGACCGGAAUGGUCACCCAUCUGGUGGACUUAACGGUAGAAUCGGACAAGGCGCGACUUGUACAGGCCAAAAAGUUGCGUGUGAAGAUUGUCCUGCCACACUGGUUCGAUGAUUGUCUGAAACUCGGUCAACGCAUUGAUGAACGCCCGUACACACUUCCAGACCCUGAAAUCUUGCGCCCAGGUCUCGAUGCUCCCAUUCGUUCAAAUGAGAACAAGGGUUUGGCGGGUGCAUCCGCCCCUGAACCAUCCAUAAUGCCUGCGCCGGCCAAUAUUUCAUUUAUUGGAGACCAACUGAGUGUCUUUGCAGGCAAAUGUAUCAUGCUCUCGCCAGAUCUUGGAAUUGGCUCACAUAUGCUGGAAUCAAUCGAGGCUGUCCUCGGUCAAGGCGGCGCUUCUGUCACAUCCAAGGUUGAGGAUGCGGACUGGUUGGUUUGCCGAUUCCGAGAGGGCUUUGUGUACAGGACAGCAUCCCGCUUGGACAAGAUUGUUGGAAACCUCGCCUGGCUGUAUCAUCUCAUGACAUUCAAUACUUGGACUCGUCCCCUGAGUAGACUCCUGCAUUAUCCCGUGUCUCGCACGGCAAUCCCUGGAUUUGAAGGGUUGAAGAUCAGUCUAUCAAACUAUGUUGGCGAGGCACGGAUUUACCUCGAGAAUUUGAUUGCAGCAGCGGGCGCUGAAUGCACAAAGACCCUGAAGCAAGAGAACACGCAUCUGAUCACCGCACAUGGUAACAGUGAAAAAUGCAGCGCGGCACGAGAAUGGGGACUACAGGUAGUCAAUCACUUGUGGUUGGAAGACAGCUACGCCGCAUGGAAGCUGCAACCAGUGUCUAACCCUCGCUACAACCACUUCCCGCCUCGGACAAACCUUGGCGACGUUGCUGGACAGAAAAUGCUCGAUCGAGACGUUCUUGAGCAGAACUUCUUCUCUACUGAACCCAUGGAAGAGCUUGCGAGUCCUCCCCGUGCCAUGCGGGCCAAAGAUCAGAACGCGGCAUCAAUGCUACCCCCCGCGGAGAAGCCUCGAAACGAAACCGAGAAGGUCUCCGAGACUGCCCAAGGAACUCCUCAAGUGAAGACCAAAGCCACUCGCCGGGCAGCAGACAACAAGCCGGCACAGACACCUACGCGAUCUCGCCUGAUUCCUGAUGACAAGGAGAAUGAGACACCUUCUUCGACCAGCAGCCGCAAGUCUAAAGACGCAGCAGCCGCCCGGCUCCAUGAGAUCGCUCCCGAUAUUGCCCUGUAUGAGAAGGAGAUGAAGCGCGUUGGCGGUGUUAUCUACGGUGGCCGACGAAAGUCUGACGAGGAUCGUGUAUCCAAUAAUUCGAAGAAGCGCCGCUCUGCCGAGCCACAGGAUGAAAGCGACGGCGAACAGGCGAUGGAUGCCAAGCGACAGAAGAAGUCCCGUCUGCCGAUCUCCAUGCACUUGCUGAUUACUGGUUAUCAAAAGUGGGUUGGCAAGGGCAAUGAGAAGAAAGAGGAUGCGGAUAAGCGCCAUCUCCGAGAUCUUGGAAUUAUGGUAGUUCAAGAUGCCCGCCGAUGCACUCACCUGGCAGCGCCCUCUAUCCUGCGCACCGCCAAAUUCGUCAAUGCAUUGGCCUAUGCGCCGGUGAUCAUGAGCACUGACUUUGUCGAUAACUGUCUCAAGCAUGAUGAGUUGCUUGACCCAAAGGACUUCCCCCUUGUGGACAGGACGGCCGAGUCAAAGUUCCAUAUUUCUCUUGCCAAGUCCCUGGGAAAUGCGAAGAGGAACAAGAACAAGCUCCUGCACGGGUUCCGCGUCUUUUGCGUGGAAGAUAUCCGCGGAGGAUUCGACGCCUUCAAAUCGAUCGUGGAGGCAAAUGGUGGAGAGUGUCUGCUUUUCCGUGGUCGCCUCGCACUGAACAACACUUCUCGACGCGAGGAGAGCGACGAUGAAGACGAGGAGAUGCAAGAUGAUGAACCUGGCCGCAACGAGGCUUUCCUUCUCAGUGGUGCCGAGCGCAAACACGCUCGACUCUGGCCUCGGUUCCGUCAAUUGGCCGGCGACGUCAAGCGAACCCCUCGCAUCGUGCGAGUGGACUGGCUACUCGACAUGGCCAUGUCGCAGGAUCUGCGAGCCACGGACGAGUACGAACUGGAUGAGAGCUUGAUCGAGGAUGUAGACGAGUAG